AUGCCUGAACCCUUCACCCACGAGCUGGAAGGCAUCUCUCCUAAGACUAUCACAAGCGGUGUCGGCUUUCCUACCACGAUAAUGGAUGGGUUUGUGGAGCAGAGUCCUGAGCAGGAACCGAUGAUCAUGAGUUCGGAUGAGAUGGUGCCGUCGUCAUCAUCAUCAUCACCUCCGCAGGACUCACCACUCGAUAUCUCGCCUUUGGAUGGCGAUAGCCCGGUCUCAGUCUCACCUCCCGGCAACAACUACUCAUCCACCAAUGCGACCGCUGCACCACAAGCUUCACUCCAUCCCCAUCCAGCACCCCGACCCCGACCCCAACCCCCGAAACCCUCACUAACCCGCCCGAUCUUCCGCACCGCCCAAGGCGUGGAAAGCACAAAAGACCUCAAGACCGAUUUCGCAGACAUGGGCAUGAGUAAGAAGAAAGUCGGCGAAGUGGCUGGGAUCAAGGAGUCGCGGAUGCCAGACGGGAAGACGAUUCACAAACGGGCUUCACCUUCGGGCGCUGCGGAGGGAGGAGGGAGGGAGAAGAGGGUGAAGAGGGAUUCUGCUGUCAAGGGGAAGGAGAAGGGGGGUAAGGUGGAGGGGGAGUAUGAGGGGUUGAGGGUUGGUGGGGAUCCGAAUUGGAUCCUCUUCGACCCCCACCCCACCAACUCCCACAACUCCCCCUCCCCCUUUCCCCCCUUCCACACGACCAACAACAACGCCACACCCAACUUCCGCGACCCUCCCCGCUGUUUCGCCCAGUUCGAAACUUAUAAACUGGGGAAUAAACGGAUUCUGGAAUAUAAUCUUGUGACGCACAGUGUGCGCUUGAAGAGCACGCCAGAAGUGCUGGAGGGGAAGGAGGUGUUGUAUUCGGGUUCGGGACCGAAGAUCGUGAAUGUCAUGGAUUUGGGUCCGAAGAGGGGGUUGGGAAGGAGAGGGGGGAGGGGGAGUAAGGGGGCAGUGAGUCAGGUCGAGGUUGAGAAGGUCAGGGAGGAGGAUGAGGAUAUGGUUGUGCACGUAGGCAAGCAGGGAGAGGGAGAAGAAGAUGACUUGUAUACAUAG